CAUUCAAUCCAGCAAAUGUGUGUUACCAUUACCAGAGGAGUAAAUUCAACCGGCAUCUCACGGUCUGGUCGCCAGAGGACGCUGUUGUCCUCAACAGCGACAGGAAUCGCUGGGGCCGUUUUGCGACGGUUCAGCCUCCGAACCGCUAGGGGGCACGUUAGCUACCAUCACGUGACCGUAACCGGUGACGCGCGGCGGCCGUUGGAGACGCGGCCUUCGACAGCGGGUAAAUUGAGCACAUGCAACAUGACCACCGUGCAGUUCCUAACCAUUGUUCAGGGGGAAGCCUCGGAAACAGACUCUGAGGAAGAACUCUACCUCACGUCCACAUCUCCAGCGUGCAUCCUGCAGGCAGGAGCAAAAGUGCCUGGUGAAGCAUCGGAAACCGACGAGGAGGAUGCAGGCUGCGAGCUGGAAGCAGCAACGCAAGACAUCCAGCAAGCCAUUCAGCACAACCUCCCGCCUCUGGUCGUGAUCCGUGACAAAGAGCCGGAAGUCUUGACCGGGGUGGAAGAGAAGCCGACUGUGAAGAUUCGCCACCAGGGGCGGUACAGUAGUCUUCUGCAGCAGAAGCUGAGGGAGAGUAAUGUGCGCCUUAACCACAACGUGGAGCACGCAGUCAAGCAGAUGUACGAGAAUGCCACCAAGGAGAUCCGCACCGCUACCAGUCACCUCAGCAAUUCCCAGAACGGGAUUAUUAAUGCAUCUCACAGUAUCCGGUUAAUCCUGGAUGACUUGAAAGCAGUGACAGAAAAGAUGGACAUAAUCACAAGCUGCAACUUACUCCCUGACAUUCAGAUUCCACCUCGUCAGCAAGUCUAGUGCUGGACUGACCAAAUUUACAGAUGGAUAAAGUUUUGUUGCAGUCUUAAGGCUCUAGGCUAUCUCCGUAAUGGAAUGCUUCAGGCAAAUUACAAGCUCUGACAGCUUGAAUUAGUGCAUGUCAGCAAAUUGCAGAGGUAAUUUGCCCCAGUGAAGCAGGCACUUGGGGCAGAUUUAGAAACUAAGCUCAGGAAUUCUGAUUGCAUAAUCUUGUGGCUUUCUAUCUGUCAAUGUAAGUAGAUAAAGAUUAGCUUUAUUUGUA